AUGGCAGUGCAAAGACAGACUGCAGCGUCAAGAUCUGCGAUGCCGGAAAGGAGGGAACAACAUGGUGUCUCGGAUGGGCUUCCGAUGACUAUGGGGAGAAGGUUGUUGAGAACGUUACCACACACACCCAAUUUGAGAGUGUCUAUUGGGCAAGUGGCUUUAGGAGGGGUUGAAGGCGUUGGAGGUUUUGAAGGUGUUGGAGGUGUUGGAGGUUUUAUGGGUGUUGGAGGUGUUGAAGGUUUUGUGGGUGUUGGAGGUUUUGAAGGUGUUGGAGGUUUUGGUGGUGAUGUACAAUGGCAUCCUGGUGAUGUUGGAGGUUUUGGUGGAGGUGGGCAGCCUUUUGGGGUACUAGUGGAAGAUACGAGAGUGAAGAAAAGAAGGUUGAUCGUAAGGAGAAAAGCUGUGGUUGCCAAAGCUCUUGAAGCCAUUUUUAAAGGUUUUGCUUCUUAUAGUUGGAAAGUGUUGUAG